CGCCCUCACCCGCCACAUCACCCGCAUGAUCUCCAUCUCUCGAAAAGCAAUGCUGUCCAAGAGAGUAGUCUGUCACCUCAGAACUUUUACCAAGUCGAGGGGAUUGUCGACACGGGCGUCGACUAUCCUCUCAGCUCUAGACAUACCGGCGGAGAAGGACCUGCCCGGAGUGUACGAUGGGGCAUGGACGGGAACCGGAGACAUUCUUGAGAGCGUAUGCCCAACUACGGGAGAGGUUUUGGCGCGAGUGCACUCGGCAUCACCUCAGGAGCUGCAAGCAGCGCUGAGCAAGUCGAGGGAAGCAUACGUCUUCUUCAGGUCGGUCCCCGCUCCUCGCAGGGGUGAGAUACUCCGGCAGAUCCGAGAGGCAUUAGCAGCCAAGCGAGAAGCGCUAGGAGCAUUGGUCUCGUUGGAGAUGGGGAAGAUCAAGACCGAGGGCACCGGCGAGGUGCAAGAGUUUGUGGAUAUCGCUGACUACGCAGUCGGACUAUCUCGUAUGAUGAACGGUCGGGUUGUCGCCUCUGAGCGACCGGGGCACAGUAUUCUUGAAGUCCCCAAUCCUCUCGGUGUGGUGGCCGUUUUGUCUGCCUUUAACUUUCCGGUCGCCGUCUAUGGGUGGAACCUCGCCUUGUCGCUCGCAGCCGGAAACGCGACGCUAUGGAAGCCCUCCCCAAGCACGCCGUUGUGUUCGAUUGCAGUGACGAAGAUCGUGUCGCAGGUGCUUGAGCGCAAUGGCAUACCUGGUGCUGUCGCGGGUCUGGUCGUUGGCGGCAAGAGCGUCGGAGAAAGCAUUGUUGAGAGUGCGGACGUUGACAUGGUGUCAUUCACCGGUAGUGAGGCUGUGGGUCGGCAGGUGGGUAAGGUCGUACAGUCUCGAUUCGGCAAGGUCUUGCUAGAACUCGGUGGGAACAACGCGUCGAUCGUCAUGCCCGAUGCAGACCUCUCUCUCGCCGUUCCUGCGGUCUUCUUCGGCGCGGUCGGCACCGCAGGCCAACGCUGUACGUCCACGCGCAGGCUCUACCUUCACCGCAGCAUCGCGCCCACCUUCCUCGAGCGGCUCCGUGCGCUCUAUGAGCCUAUCCGCCCGGGUGACCCGUUGGAACCCCAGACCCUUCUCGGCCCGCUGCACACGCGCGCGGCCGUGGGCAUCUACUCGAACGCAGUGGAGCGGCUGAGGAAGGUGGGAGCGGAUAUUAUGGUUGGUGGCGAGAGGUAUGAGGAGGCUGUUUUGCCGGAGGCGUUGAGAGGGGGAAACUGGGCGCAGCCGACUGUGGCUGUCUUGGACGAGGUUGAUGUUAGCAAGGCGGUGUGGAGGGAGGAGACGUUUGCUCCGGUGCUGUCCGUCGGCGUGUUCGAUGAGCUUGAGCAGGCGAUUGCAUGGAAUAACGGGGUGCCGCAGGGAUUGAGUAGCAGUUUGUGGACGAGGGAUCUGAGGAAUGUCGGCAAAUGGAUCGGCCCUGCCGGCUCUGAUGCCGGUAUCGUCAAUGUCAACGUGGGCACUAGCGGAGCCGAGAUCGGAGCAGCCUUUGGUGGUAAUAAGAGCACUGGAUGGGGACGCGAAUCCGGCGGAGACGCGUGGAAGCAGUACGUGCGCUGGAGUGCGUGUACCAUUAACUUCUCGGACGAGGCGCCCCUCGCACAGGGCGUGCAGUUCUCUUCGUCAACCGCGUGAAUUCCAUGGCAGAGACGAGGAUAAACGAUUUUUGUGCGGAUGACCGAUCCGUGCCAUGUAGAACGUGCCGAGCAUGCGUUUUCGCAGGAAACUCUGUAAGAGUGCUAGCGGGACGGAGUUGUACCGACUGUCACUGCACAUUGAACCAUGACGUGGACAUUUCAUAAGUGUAUGAGUUGCUGUGAAAACCACUAGUCCUUCCUUGUAGCAGCUUGCUGGUAUACCGUAGCAAAGCGUAAGGUGACAGUCAUAAUACGUCGUAUAUCCUGCAGAUAUUAUGAGCUUAUGACAUAGGCCUGGUCGCGGUGACAGCGG